AUGAAUGUUCAAUUUUUUCUAGCUCUGGUUAUUGCAGUGGGGUUUGUAGCCGGUCUCGAAGCGAAGUGCUGCAAGAGAAAAGGACCUAUCUGCUGUGGAAAUGGCAAAUGCGAUGCGCUCUGCUGUAAUUGUGAUGGUGGAUGCAACGCACAUUGCGAACUGGCCGACGUUAAUGGCUGUAGCCCGUUGCAGUGGUUAGAAUGUGCGGGCAUUGUGGCAGCAUGUGCAGUUGCUUGCGCUGAUCCUGAGGAUCCGUUGUGUCGUGAGUGCCUCGGUCCGAUGUAUGACGUAUGUGUGGGUUGUCUUUCACUGGACGUUGAUAGACAAAGAGCUCUUGAUGACACCAAAUACAUGUUGGAUGCUUAUCAUAAGAAGAUUUUACCCUAUAAUAUAUACCUUGGAGAAAUAUUGAAAAGAGCUGAAGAGAAGUCAACAAAGAAAAAAAAAACGAACUUUAAGUAA